AUGGUUGGAUAUCGUCAUGAUGAUAAUCUCACUCCAAAUCAAAAGUUGAUCGCCGGUUGCAUAUCGGGAGCAGUCACUAGGUUUCUAACACAGCCUUUGGAUGUAUUGAAAGUGAGAACCCAAUUACAGGGUAAAAUCUCUCGCACGAAAAGACUGAGUGUAUUUGCGACUUUAAAGAAAAUACUCUACGAGGAAAGCAUAUUCGCUUUCUGGCACGGACACAAUCUUGGACAGAUACACUCGGUUCUAUCCACGUCAAGCCAAUUCUACGUUUAUGAAGUAACAACGAAAUAUGUAUUCAGUUCUCCAGUUAACCCUAGAUAUAAAACGUUCCUGGAAUUCAUGUGUGGUAUAUGCGCGGGUUGCUGCAGCGCGACCCUCGUAGCUCCUCUAGAAGUUAUACGAGUUAGGCAAAUGUUGAUAAAAGAACAGUACAGAGGAAUAAUUAAUGGAGCCAAGGCUGUUUAUAAUUCGGGAGGAUUACUGGCUUUCUAUGAGGGAUGGACUGCCGGGGUUCUUAUGCUGGGCCCUCAAGUUGGGAUAACAUUUUCCGUAUUUAGCUUCACACAACCACUAAUAUUGAACUACAUGUAUGAUUGCAAUGGAGAGUGUCUCCAUAAAAAGGGGAAUGCACAUACAGCCCAAGAUUUAUUGCUAGCCACUACUAUUGCUGGUGGAGUAUCAGGAAUUAUAUCAAAAGUCAUGUGCUAUCCUCUAGAUUUAGCAAAACGAAGAUUACAAAUCGCGGUUGGUUGA